AUGAGAGCACUUUGUUCACAAGCCUACGCCAGUUUUUGCAUUCCCAUACUUCUGAGCAUCCUGACAUGCAUGAUGCUCCCAAGAUGCAUGUCUUCCCCGGCAACAGUGGCGUACUCCGAAGAUGCACCCGACAAACUCACACUGAUCUCCUUCAAGAAUCAUAUAGUUAUCGAUCCAUUCGGGGUGAUGAGCUCAUGGAAUGACUCUCUGUCUUUCUGUAAUUGGACGGGUGUCAAAUGUAGCCGCCGGCACAAAGAAAGGGUCACCGUUCUGAACCUAAUGGAUCGUCAGUUGGUUGGCUCGAUACCAGCAUCCAUAGGAAAUCUCUCCUUCCUCCAAUAUUUUUACCUCGCCAGCAAUGGCUUCCAGGGUCGGAUCCCUUCGGAGGUUGGUCGUUUAUACCGACUUAAGUACCUCAACCUCAGCCAUAACGCUAUUGAGGGAGAGAUACCUAUCAAUUUGACUUCUUGUUCAGAACUUCUGGGCAUCGAUUUGACAGGCAACAAGUUAACAGGUAAGAUCCUAGCCGAACAGAAGAGUACGCUAAUCAAACUGGCUAGUUUUCUAGUUCCAGAUAAUGGCCUGACGGGAAAUUUUCCCGAAUGGUUAGGAAAUAUAACUUCACUGCUUGAAGUUUCCAUCUCAGAUAACCAUCUACAGGGUACCAUCCCCGCUGCCGUUGGGAAAAUGUCAAGCUUAACAUUUCUGCAGAUUUCUGGAAACAAUUUCUACGGGACUAUUCCCCCUUCAGUUUAUAAUCUUACUUCUCUCUUAGCUCUUGAUGUGGAAAACAAUAGACUGCAUGGUGAAAUUCGGCCUGAUAUUGGCUUCACUCUUCCUAAUCUAGAAGGGCUUUACGUUGGAAGAAAUAGCUUCACAGGCAAAAUACCUGUUUCGCUACCCAAUGCGACAAGACUGGUAGAACUCGACUUCGCCAACAAUAGUUUCUCGGGAACCCUACCUCUAAACCUUGCAAACUUAAAGGGGCUUGGCAGAUUAGUUCUGUCCAAGAACGAGUUGACAAAUUUGAAGGACGACGGCUUCAGUUUUAUGACUUCUUUAACCAACUGUAGCAGACUCCGACUCCUGGAUAUAAGCAUGAACCGAUUUAAAGGUGAGUUACCUCCUUCGGUUUCCAACUUCUCGAGUGAGCUCGAAUGGCUAAUAUUGGGAUCAAACCAGAUAUCUGGCAAAAUUCCAAGUGGAAUAGAACGCUUGAAAGGUAUAACUCGCUUGGACAUGUCUAAGAACGCAUUAGUAGAAAUCGACCUCUCCCGCAACAAAAUCUCUGGAGCAAUUCCCCCCUCAUUUGGAAACAUUAGCCAGUUGACAAGACUGCUCUUGCAAGAAAAUAGUUUACAAGGCAAUAUACCUUCUAGUAUAGGAAGCUGUCAACGUCUCGAAGUACUUAACCUGUCCAGUAACAACCUCACUGGCACAAUACCAGCAGAGGUAGCCACCCUUCCUUUCGUGUCCAUUUCAUUUAAUUUGGCUAGAAACCUCUUGAACGGACCGCUGCCCCAAGAGCUGGGUAAUAUGAGCAGCCUUGUAGAAUUGGAUGUUUCUGACAAUAGGUUGUCGGGAGUCAUUCCUCCUACAUUGGGGAAAUGCAUAAUGCUAGAAUGUCUUGAUCUGGGAAACAACCUAUUUGAAGGAAGCAUCCCUUCCUCUCUCAGAGCUUUGAAAAGCCUUCAACUCCUUGACCUAGGAAGGAACAACUUAUCCGGUCAAAUUCCGAAGUACCUACAGAAUUUCACUCUCCUACAGGAUCUAAACUUAUCAUUCAAUAACCUCGAGGGAGAAGUACCAUAUGAUGGGUUAUUUCAAAAUGUCAGUGCUAUAUCAAUUACAGGGAACAGCCGCCUCUGUGGGGGUACAAAGGAACUAGGACUACCUCCAUGCAAAAUCCACAGAAAGAAGAAGCAGAGCACUCUUAAGUUAUAUCUUCAGCUCCAGCAAGCCACUGAUAACUUCUCAUCUUCAAAUUUGAUCGGAGAAGGAAGUUAUGGCUCUGUGUUCAAAGGAAUUCUAGGAGAAGAAAGGAUGAUGGUAGCAGUCAAGGUACUCAAUCUCAGACGAAAGGGAGCUUUCAAGAGUUUCAUUGCAGAAUGCGAGGCGUUGCGAAGUGUCCGUCACCGGAAUCUCGUCAAGAUCAUCACCACAUGCUCAAGCAUUGACUUUCAGGGUGCUGAUUUCAAAGCUCUAGUGUAUGAGUUUAUGCACAAUGGAAGUCUAGACGAGUGGUUGCACCCAAAAGAAGAUCAACCUGAAGUAACGAAGUCUGAAGUCCGACCUGAUAUGAGGAAUCUUAGCCUUGUCCAAAGACUGAAUGCAGCCCUUGAUAUGGCCUUGGCAAUCGACUAUCUUCACAACCAAUGCGAAACUUCAAUAGUUCAUGGUGAUCUAAAGCCGAGCAAUAUUCUGUUUGAUCAUGAUAUGACAGCUCAUCUAGGAGAUUUUGGGCUAGCAAAAUUUCUACCUAGUGCCUUACCAGGUAACUGCUCACCGAAUCAAAGCAGCUCAACAGGAGUGAAGGGAACAGUCGGCUAUGUUCCUCCAGAGUAUGGCAUGGGUGGCAAGGCAUCCAUGCCUGGAGAUGUCUACAGUUUCGGCAUUCUGCUACUGGAGAUGUUCACCGGAAAACGCCCUACAGAUGGCAUGUUUAAGGAUGGGAUGACCCUCCAAGAAAAUGCUAAGAUAGCUUUGCAAGGAAGAGCGGAAGAGAUUGUUGAACCUUCACUGCUACAGGAAGCACAAGCUCAUUACAGUCACAGAGAGGUUGUUGAGAGCAGCAGAGCCCAUUUUCAUGUAGAAAAUGUUGAGCGCAGUAGAGCCACAACGGCCAAAGUUGAUUGCUUGAUUGCUCUCUUGAGGCUUGGAGUCCUAUGCUCACUGGACAGUCCUAACGAGCGCAUGAAGAUGAAAGAUGUCGUGACAGAACUUUCUAAAAUCAGGGCAAAGUUCCUUGGCCAGAGAACAUGA